AUGUUAAAAAGGAAGGGUGACAGGAAUAGGAAAAGAUUGUCACCAAUGAUCUCUUCUACAGAUGUGUUGUUUGUAGAUUCCGCUUCUGCUGCUGGAACAGCAGGUGCAUCUUCAGCGGCUGUUGGAAAUGAUGCAGCAGGUGAUUUAGUUAAGGCGGUAACUACUCAAGGCGGUGUUGAGGUUGACUAUGAGACUAACUUUACUGGUUUUACUAUUAUAUUCAAUAGAUUAAAGAGCAGUAACAAUAAUGAGCGAAAGGCGGCCUCUAUUGAGUUGAAAAAUAGUCUAAUCUCAUUGGCAAGAGAGGUUUCAACAGAACAUUUUCAAAGGUUCAGUAAUGAAUUGAAUAACAAAAUAUUUGAACUCAUUCAUGGGUCUGAUUCUAAUGCGAAGCUGGGUGGCAUACUUGCUGUGAAUACCCUUAUAGAUUUCUAUUCGCACACCGACGAAUUACCUAAUCAGACAUCACGGUUGGCGAAUUAUCUGCGAGUACUGAUACCGUCCAGUGAUAUUGAAGUUAUGAGGGCUGCUGCAACUACCCUUGGCAAAUUGGCGGCUCCUGGGAGAACUUUGACAUCAGAUUUCGUUGAAUUUGAAGUCAAGACGUGCAUUGAGUGGCUCACCACAUCCCCGGAGAGUUCAUCUUCCAAUUCAAAACAAGAAUAUAAGAAACAUGCAUCGCUGCUUAUAAUUACGGCUAUUAGCGAUAAUUCUCCAUACCUACUAUACCCAUACUUAAAUUCCAUCCUUGACAACAUAUGGAGAGCUUUGAGAGAUACGAAAUUGGUCAUUAGAACCGAUGCUGCGGUAACUUUGAGGCAUUGUUUGGCAAUAAUUAGUGAGAGAGACUCUGCAUUGACAAAUAAGUGGGUUCAAAGAUUGUUUAAAGGCUGUGCAUACGGUUUAACAUUGGCCACACAUGAAGCUGUUCAUGGUACUUUACUAGUUUAUCGGGAACUAGUUUCUUUGAAGGGACCUUACUUACAUGAAAAGUUCAACGAGAUAUAUGAAACGACCACCAGAUACAAGGAACAUAAACAUGCUGUCAUAAGGAAGGAGAUAUAUGCAGUGUUGCCGCUGCUAGCUUCUUUUGAUCCAAACCUUUUUACAGAAAACUAUCUUGAUAAUACAAUGAUACACUACCUGACUUUAUUAAAGAAUAUGCAUUCCACCCCUACUAAUAAUCCUGAUAAAGCUGCAAUACUAGUUUCAAUUGGUGAUAUAGCAUUUCAAGUUCGUGCGAAUAUUGCCCCCUAUAUGGAUUCCGUACUUGACAAUAUUAGAGACGGCUUCAUGACAAAAUACAAGUCAAGAAAACAUUUUGAGCGUGAGUUGUUUUACUGUAUUGCCAAAUUAGCAUGUGCUGUUGGACCUGCUAUUUCCAAAUACUUGCAUAGUGACUUGUUGGACUUAAUGCUAGCUUGUCCAUUGAGUGAUUAUGUUCAGGACACUUUGGAGACUCUUAAUGAAGAAAUACCUGCUUUAGAGCCUCUUAUUAAUGAAAAGCUCCUGGACCUGAUCUGUUACACGCUCUCUGGGGAAAAAUUUACCCCUCCUGGAUCUCCCACGCCAAUGAAGAAAUUCUCAGCGGAGAAGGCUCGAGCAUACAGAGAUCAAUCGUGGUUACGGAAAACUUAUGACAAUAACGAUAAUGAACAAGAUGCACUGAUAUUGACACAGUCUCUGCGGAUGUUAACUAGCAUUAACUAUAAAUACUCACUCACGGAGUUUGUGCGAGUUGUUACUAUAUCCUAUAUCGAGCAUGAUAAUCCUCAAGUCAGGAAACUAGCAGCCUUAACUUCCUGUGAUCUGUUUGUCAAAGAAAAUAUAUGCAAACAAACAUCACUUCACGCUUUGAAUGCAGUUGCUGAAGUGUUAAGCAAACUGUUAACAGUUGCCAUUACAGACCCGGUUGCAGAUAUAAGAUUUGAGAUCUUAAAGCACUUAGAUAGCAGCUUUUAUCCCCAGUUAUCACAACCGGAUAACGCCAGGUUGUUAUUUAUGGCUUUAAAUGAUGAAGUUUUUGCGAUCCAGAUGGAGGCAAUUAGGAUUGUUGGCCAAUUAGCCUCGGUCAAUCCGGCCUAUAUUGUACCCUCUCUAAGAAAGACGUUAAUUCAACUCUUGACAGAACUAAAGCACUCAAGCAUGACCCGCAAAAAGGAGGAAAGCGCAGCUAUGUUUUGCACAUUAAUAAGUUCAAGCAAGGAUGUCACCCGGUUGUAUAUUGAACCUAUACUAGAUGUUUUAUUACCGAAAUGUCUCGAUAGUUCAUCUGCUGUUGCAUCAACUGCUUUGAAGGCAGUUGGUGAGUUAUCCGUUGUAGGUGGUGAAAGUAUGAAGGAGUACCUGGAUGAUUUAAUGCCACUGAUUAUAAAUACAUUCCAAGAUCAAUCAAAUACAUUUAAAAGAGGCGCUGCAUUGAAAGUUUUAGGACAACUUGCCGCUUCAUCCGGUUAUGUUAUUGAUCCACUACUAGACUACCCUCAAUUGUUAGGUAUUCUUGUGAACAUUUUAAAGUCGGAAAGCUCUCAAUCUAUAAGAAGGGAAACUGUUCGUUUAAUUGGUAUCCUUGGAGCUCUUGACCCAUACAAACAUAGAGAAGUUGAAAGAGCGUCUAGUACGCCAAUUUCUGUAGAACAGAAUGCACCACCCAUUGAUGUUGCACUACUAAUGCAAGGAAUGUCUCCUUCAAAUGAAGAAUACUAUCCUACAGUGGUUAUUAAUACACUAAUGAAGAUAUUAAAAGAUCCUUCACUAUCAUCUCACCAUACAGCCGUUAUUCAAGCUGUAAUAGUCAUCUUUCAAACUUUGAGUUUACGUUGUGUUUCUUUCCUGAGACAGAUAAUUCCAAGCAUGAUCAACGUAAUGAGGACAUGUCCGCCUUCUUUAUUGGAGUUUUACUUCCAACAACUUGGUAUAAUGGUAACAAUUGUUAAAAAACAUAUAAGACCAUAUGUUGAUGGCAUCUUUGAGGUUGUUAAAGAAUUUUUUCCUGUGAUUAAAUUACAGAUUACAAUAAUAUCUGUCAUUGAAUCAAUAUCUAAGUCACUUGAGGGUGAAUUCAAACCAUACUUACCUGCAACAUUGACGUUAUUUUUAGAUGUUUUGGAGAAAGAUAAUUCAAAUAAGAAGAUCGUUUCUGUAAGGAUCCUAAAGUCAUUAGUUGUUUUUGGUCCCAAUCUUGACGACUAUGUUCAUCUAGUGCUUCCAUCCAUAGUUCGCAUGUGUGAAUAUGGCAGCGGGAGUUUGAACAAAGCGGCGAUAGUGACCAUUGGAAGACUAGCCAAAAAUGUCAAUUUGUCUGAAAUGUCGUCGCGUAUUGUUCAGACUAUGAUUCGAGUACUGAAUACUUCUGAUCGCCAACUUAUUAAGUCCACUAUGAACACCUUAAGUUUACUUUUGUUACAAUUAGGUACUGAUUUCACUGUUUUCGUUCCAAUAAUUAAUAAAAUUCUGGUUAAAUCACAUAUCCAACAUACAAUAUAUGAUCAAUUGGUCGCUAAACUAUUAAACAACGAGCCAUUGCCAACUAAAAUAAUUAUUGAUAAGGAUUUUGAUGUACCUAAUAGGGAAUUAGCUGAAACAGAGCUCCCUGCAAGAAAGCUUCCAGUAAAUCAAGCAGUAUUGAAAGCUGCUUGGGAUUGCAACCAGCAACGUACAAAGGAGGAUUGGCAAGAGUGGAUAAGGAGGUUAUCCAUACAGCUUUUGAAGGAAUCUCCUUCUCAUGCGCUAAGAUCUUGUUCAGGUUUGGCUGGUAUUUAUUUCCCCUUGGCACGUGAACUAUUUAAUGCGUCAUUUGCCAGUUGUUGGACCGAACUAUACACACAAUAUCAAGAGGAUCUUGUUAAGUCAUUAUGUACUGCGCUUUCUUCUCCCAACAAUCCACCCGAAAUACACCAAACUUUGUUAAAUUUAGUUGAGUUUAUGGAACACGAUGACAAGUCACUACCUAUCUCAAUACCUACAUUAGGGGAAUAUGCUCAACGCUGCCAUGCUUACGCUAAAGCUUUGCAUUACAAGGAGUUAGAGUUUAUCCAAGAACCUAACACUUCUACGAUUGAAUCAUUGAUCAGUAUUAAUAAUCAACUCCACCAAACAGAUGCUGCAAUCGGUAUUUUGAAGCACGCCCAACAGCACCACGACUUACAAUUGAAGGAGACAUGGUACGAGAAGUUACAAAGGUGGGACGAUGCUUUAAACGCUUACAAUAGACGUGAAGCUGCAGGAGAAGAUACAAUUGAAGUUACUAUGGGUAAGAUGAGAUCCUUGCACGCAUUAGGAGAAUGGGAACAGCUAUCAAAGCUGGCAUCUGAAAAAUGGGGCAACUCUACACUUGAAAUAAAAAGAAUCAUUGCCCCAUUAGCUGCUGGUGCUGCAUGGGGUUUGGCUGAAUGGGACUCAAUUGAGAAAUAUAUUUGUGUGAUGAAAGCCCAAUCACCAGAUAAAGAGUUUUUUGACGCUAUCUUAUGUUUGCAUAGGAAUGACUUUGAAAAGGCAGCAGAGCAUAUAUUUCUUGCCAGAGACCUUUUGGUGACUGAGAUGUCUGCUUUAGUUAAUGAAAGUUACAAUAGAGCUUACAGCGUUGUGGUCAGAUCGCAGAUGAUAACAGAGCUGGAGGAAAUUAUACAAUAUAAGAAACUACCUCAAAAUUCGGAGAAACGGGUUUCUAUGAGGGAAAUGUGGAACCAUAGGUUGUUGGGCUGUCAAAAAAAUGUUGAUGUUUGGCAACGUAUUUUAAGAGUUCGGUCAUUGGUGGUUAAACCUAAACAGGAUAUGCAAGUUUGGAUAAAGUUUGCCAACUUAUGUAGGAAGUCCGGCAGGAUGGGUUUGGCCCAAAAAGCAAUCAACCCAUUAUUAGAGGAAUGCGGUGAUCCAGAGCAUCCAAAUACUGCAAGAGCACCACCUCCAGUUGUUUACGCCCAAUUGAAGUACAUGUGGGCAACAGGCUCAAGAAAGGAGGCUCUGCGGCAUUUAAUCAGUUUCACUUCAAGAAUGGCUCAUGAUUUGGGCUUAGAUCCAAGUAACAUGAUAGCACAAAGUGUCCCUCAGAAUAGUAUUGUUCCAGCCAGCCACAUAGAAGAUUAUACAAAGCUAUUAGCCCGUUGCUUUUUAAAACAAGGUGAAUGGCGAGUUAUGUUACAGCCCAAGUGGAGAACAGAAGCACCGGACACUAUAUUGGGUUCUUAUUUAUUAGCAACUCAUUUCGAUAACACUUGGUAUAAGGCCUGGCAUAAUUGGGCUUUAGCAAACUUUGAAGUGAUUUCAUUAAUGACUGAUAGGGUGCGUGAGGAGCGCCGUACUCGCUCAAGUGAAAAAGAUUCAGAUACACAACUCAACGAUCAACUGCACCAGGUUACUUUCGGUAUGGAACAUGUCAAUGGAAACUCAGAAAAGUAUCCAGAUUUAGUCCAACACCAUGUUGUUCCUGCUAUCAAAGGUUUCUUCCAUUCUAUCUCUCUUUCUGAAUCCAACUCAUUACAGGAUACUUUGAGGCUUUUAACGCUAUGGUUUACUUUUGGUGGCAUUCCCGAAGCUGCUCAAGCCAUGCACGAGGGUUUCAACUUGAUUAAGAUUGAUAAUUGGUUGGAAGUCAUUCCUCAGUUAAUCUCUAGAAUUCAUCAACCAAACCAAACGGUUAGUAGAUCUCUAUUGUCUUUACUAUCGGAUCUUGGCAAAGCACAUCCUCAGGCUCUUGUAUUCCCACUGACUGUUGCCAUUAAGUCGGAGUCAGUAUCAAGACAGCGGGCGGCAUUAUCUAUUAUGGAGAAGAUGAGGAUGCACAGUUCACAUUUGGUUGAACAGGCGGAAUUAGUGAGUGACGAGUUGAUUAGGGUUGCAGUUUUAUGGCACGAACUAUGGUAUGAAGGCCUCGAGGAUGCAAGCAGACAGUUUUUUGGCGAACAUAAUACAGAGAAAAUGUUUGCUACAUUGGAACCUUUACAUGAAAUGCUAAAAAGAGGACCAGAAACCCUAAGGGAAAUAUCAUUCCAAAAUUCUUUUGGUAGAGAUUUAAAUGAUGCAUACGAAUGGGUGAUGAACUAUAAAAGGACACAGGAUAUUAGUAAUCUGAAUCAGGCAUGGGAUAUUUAUUACAAUGUUUUCCGUCGUAUUAGCAGACAACUCCCACAGUUGCAAACUUUAGAUUUACAGCAUGUAUCCCCUAAAUUGUUAGCCGCUCAUAACCUAGAACUUGCAGUUCCAGGUACUUACCAUACUGGUAGACCAAGUGUUCGAAUUGCCCAUUUUGAACCUGUAUUUUCCGUCAUUUCAUCAAAACAAAGACCAAGACGUUUAUCUAUCAGAGGUAGCGAUGGUAAAGACUAUCAAUAUGCUCUCAAAGGUCAUGAGGAUAUUAGGCAGGAUAGUUUGGUCAUGCAGUUAUUUGGAUUGGUGAACACGCUCUUGCAACAUGAUCCAGAAUGUUUCCGUAGACAUUUGGAUAUUCAAAAGUAUCCCGCUAUUCCGCUUUCUCCAAAGUCUGGAUUAUUGGGCUGGGUGCCCAACAGUGACACCUUCCAUGUCCUCAUCAGGGAAUACCGCGAGUCAAGAAAAAUACAAUUGAAUCUAGAACACAGGAUCAUGCUGCAAAUGGCUCCUGAUUACGAUAAUUUAACCUUGCUACAAAAGGUGGAGGUGUUCACAUAUGCUUUGGAUAACACUAAAGGUAAAGAUCUUUACAAGGUCCUGUGGCUGAAGAGUAGGUCUUCAGAAGCAUGGCUUGAAAGACGUACAACAUAUACCCGAUCAUUAGCUGUAAUGUCCAUGGUAGGCUACAUUUUGGGUUUGGGUGAUCGUCACCCAAGUAAUCUAAUGUUAGAUCGUAUCACCGGUAAAGUAGUUCACAUUGACUUUGGAGACUGUUUUGAGGCUGCGAUUUUGAGAGAAAAGUAUCCAGAGAAGGUGCCAUUCAGAUUGACGAGGAUGCUAACAUACGCAAUGGAGGUCAGUGGUAUUGAAGGAAGUUUCCGUAUCACAUGCGAAAACGUAAUGAAGGUCUUAAGAGUCAAUAAGGAAUCCUUAAUGGCUAUUUUGGAAGCCUUCGCACAUGAUCCGUUGAUCAACUGGGGAUUUGAUCUCCCAACACAUGCAAUAACAGAGCAGACAGGUAUUCAAUUACCAUUAACCAAUCCCAGCGAAUUGUUGAGAAAUGGUGUAAUUACAGUUGAAGAGGCUGCUAGGAUGGAAGUACAGCAACGAUCAGAAAUUAGGAAUGCAAGGGCUACGUUAGUUUUAAAGCGUAUUACGGAUAAGUUAACCGGAAACGACUUCCGUAGAUUCCACGAGUUGGACGUACCAGAACAGGUGGAUAAGCUAAUUCAACAAGCAACUUCCGUUGAAAACCUGUGCCAGCACUAUAUCGGCUGGUGUUCAUUCUGGUAA